AUGGAAGAUAAUAGGAAAGAACUCAAACAUCACAAACAGGAACAAUAUUGUACUACGAGGCCAGCCUAUCGCCAAGGAAGGAAAUUAACUGCUGUUAAGGUUUACACUGUUAAUAACGAAUCUCAGCACAUCUACAUCUACGGGGUACCCCAGAUCAAACUACGCAAAGAACUGAAACAGCUCUGCGUCAAAUACGGUCAGGUACUCACUGUCGCACCAGUUCUGGAUGUGAAAACCGAAUUAUUCACAGAGUGUUUUCACAUUCAAUACCAGAGAAUUCAGUCUGCUAGAAUUGCCAAAAGACUAUUGGAUACCAAAUCGUUCUAUGGUGGUAUUUUGCACGCUUGCUACGCUCCUGAAUGUGAGAGUGUAGAGGAAACUAGAACAAAGUUGGCGCAGAGAAGACGAGAUGUUUUGAAUCGAUUAAAGUUGAAAUAA